AUGCCGUCUCCAUGUGCGGUAUGUGAAAUGCCGUCCAAUGGUUUGCAUUUUGGCGUUUCCUGUUGUCGUGCAUGUGCGGCGUUUUUCCGUCGUACCCUUUCUUUAAGGCUGAAGUACAAAUGUCGAUUUUCUGGAACAUGUGUAGUCAUUGAAAAUUCAGUGAUGCAGGCGGAUUAUGAUGAAUAUGAAUGGAAUUCAAAGUCACACUUACCGAGUUCGAUUUGUUCGAGUGAGUCCCAUUCGUCUUGCUCACCAACACAGUCCGUUCGUCGUAUUCCUGCUACCGUGCCAAAUGGCAAUAACCCGAGUCCGAUUGCUGUAUACUGUAGCAAUGCAACGUCGUAUGAUUUUCACAGUAAUGCACAGAUGGUUCUAAAGGCAAAAAUUGACGCACUUUUUGACAUGGAGUACAAUGUAAAUGUUUUCCCAUACACCAUUGUUCCUCUCUCAGUAAGCCAGCAGGCCAUGAUCGCCUAUGCAAACCACUCACAGCAUUGGCCUGACAGCUUUCAGGGCAAGACCAGCGAGGUGAACAUAAUCGACGUAGAGCAUAUUUUGCGUGAUACUUACGUUGAGAUUGAGUAUUUCGCCCAGUUCGCCAUGUCUCUGCAAUCAUUUAGCCAACUCCCAAAGGAUCAAAAAUGGUUGCUAUUUCGAAAUUUCUGGCCUGGUUUUUUUCAAUUGGAUCGGAAUUUCCAUACAUGUAAAUUACUUGGCUACGAUAUCAACGAUGAAAGAACGGUGUGUUUCGAUGGCACGGUUGUCAAUCUUAAAGGACAUGUAACCAGGUUGGAUAUGAUAUCCGAUCUCAAUGAGGAGCAAGUCCGAAAAGUGAUGAAGCCGUCGAAUGACUUGUACCGCGAGCUUGUGACAUAUCCGUUUAAACGGCUGAGGCCAAAUGAAUUCGAAUUACUGUACAUGGUAAUCAGCUGUAUGUGGAACGUGAGAAACAUUCCCAACGUUGCAAAAGAAACAAUCGAUAUAGCUGAGCAAGUUAAAAGUCGUCUGGCCGAAGACGUUCACAAUUACUACACAUACGAACUACGAAUGCCAAACUAUGCUUCACGUCUACACAAGAUGAGCUUCAUCAUAUCUGCCGUUGAUAAAUUGAAAGAACGACGAAAGGAAGACAAGGAGUUGUCGCGAAUGUUCAACAUCUUCAAGCAAGAUAUUUUCAUAACCGGAAUUGUUUGA